CUGCCGUAAAAGCACCAUCGAAGAAGAAAAAGACGGAAGUUGGCGAGGCUUCAAGCGACGGUGAGCAGCUAAACUUGAAAGAACGUAAAUAUCCAAAUGUUUGAAUAGUGUUUACGGGGAAACGAAAAGCAUAUUUAGACUGUUUCAAAGAACGAUGGCGUCGUUCGAGGAAGAAGGAGCAAGAGAGGAGAACGAGCGACAACGAAAACAGCUGCAAGCCCCCGGCAACAAUCGCGCUGUGUCCAUCCAAGACGGCCAGCAGCUGAAUGGUCGUCCCCCUCAGCUGCAGGGUGAAGGCUCCAGUGUGGAGGAAGAGGAUCCACAGGCACCCCACAUUAAAGAGGAAGAGGAUCCACAGGCCCCCAGCAUUAAAAAGGAAGAAGAGGAUCCACAGGCCCCCCAUGUUAAGGAAGAAGAGGAGGAGUUUGAUGUCAGCCAGUUGCUACUGACUGUUGUCUCUGUGAAGAGUGAAGACGAUGAAGACGAAGCACCCGAGUGGUCACACCUUAAUCGUCAGAGUCCGAGUGGAGACCACCGCAGAGGAACCCCACCAGACAACUUCUUAGCUCCGCUAUCAGACAGCGACGACAUGAACGACACAGACUGUGAGGGUGACGACAAACAGUUGAAAAGUUCUGAAAAGGAAACGACUCUCGGCAACAAGACGACGUCUCAAAUAUGCGCGAGACGUCGCACACGUCAAGAACUUUUCACCUGCUCAGUUUGUGGUAAAACGGCGACUCAAAAGUCCAACCUGGUAAAACACAUGCGAAUACACACAGGAGAAAAGCCAUUCAGUUGCUCGGUUUGCAGUAAAACAUUCAGUGAAAAAGCAAAGGUGAUAAAACACAUGAGAAGUCACACGGGAGAAAAACCCUUCAGUUGCUCAGUUUGUGGUAAAACAUUCACUGAUAAACAAAAUAUGGAGUCACACGUGAGAACACACACAGGAGAAAAACCCUUUAGUUGCUCAUUGUGUGGUAAAAGAUUCAAUAAAAAGUCAUACGUGGUCAUACACAUGAGAACACACACAGGAGAAAAACCCUUUCGUUGUUCAGUUUGUGGACAAAAGUUCACUCAAAAGUCAGAUAUGGUUAGACACAUGACAAAACACACAGGAGAAAAACCCUUUAGUUGCUCCGUUUGCGGUCGAACAUUAUCUCGAAAGGCCAACGUGGAGUCCCACAUGAGAACGCACACAGGAGAAAAACCCUUCAGUUGCUCAUUGUGUGGCAGAAGCUAUACUAAUCGCAACAGUUUUGCGACACACAUGCGGACACACAACAAAGGAGAAUAAAUGUUUUACAGGAGCCCCCUGCAAUGGCUUUAAAGCCGUUGGGGGAUUUAUUUGUUAUCCUUGAUUUCCAGCUUAAUCUCCACAUACGGUUUUGCUCUUUUUCCUGACAAUUAAGCCCCUGGUAGAACAACUGUUUCUUACUGCUUCCCGGAGACAUUUUUCCCACCUCUAGUACCCCUUUUGGCCAACUAAUAUGUAAUUAAACCUAACUAGUAAAUUAAGGUGCUGCACUAGUAACACGUCUAAACCCAACUAGUAGGUAUGUGUCAUGCACUAGUAGAGUCCUUAUCAAGGAUAUUGAAUAAAUGCUCAAAGGGUAGCUUUUGUGUUUUUACCCAGUACUAGUGCCACUUUGGCCUACUAGUACAGUACAUAAGUAAACUUUACCAGUAAACUACUGUGCUGCAUUAGUAACACUACUAGGUCCAACUACUACUAUGUACUAGUACGCUCUUUGUCCAGACCUGUCAGCCCUUAGUAGAACGACUGUCUUACUGGUGAUGUUUUUUUUAUUUCCCACUACUUAGUACCUCUUUCAACCCACUAGUAUGCAAUUAAACCUUACCAGUAAACUACUAUGCUGCACUAGUAACACGUCUAGGUCUAACCAGUAGGUAUCUUUUACGCACUCGUAGCUUCGUUAUCAAGGAUAUCAAAUGAAUGAUCACAGGGCAGUGUUUAUUUGAUGUCCAGCUUAAGUUCCAUGUACUAGUAUGCUCUUUGUCCUCACUAUGAAAACAAUUCAGUGCAGUAGUGGAACGACUGUCUUACUAAUUAACUUGUUUUCAGUAGUACAGGGACAUUAUUUAAUCUGAAUAUCAAGCGUAUCGAACAAAUGCUAUUUGAUAUUCAGCUUAAAGUACAUGUACUAGUACAUGCUUUGUCCUCACUGAUAACACAAUUCAGCGCACUAGUAGAAUAACUAUGGCACAUGACUUGAAUGACUAUCGUAGUAUUUUUUUUUUUACCACUAUUAGUGUCACCUUUGACCGACUAGUACACCAUUAAACCUUACUAGCAAACUACUGUGCUGUACUAAUAACAUUACUAGUCCCAACUAGUAAGUAUGUUUCACACACUAGUAGCCUCCUGGACCCUAUUAGUACCACUAAAAGGUCCACUACCUCACGAGUAACGUAGUUGUCCUACUAGUGAGCAGAAAUGUCAUACCGUAGUUGAAAUAAGGUUACUAGUAUGACAGUCUUUCUACUGGUAUGCUGAUUUUUCUUCCUGGUGAGAACAAAGAGUGUACUAGUACGUUGACCUUGGGCUGGAAAUCAAGGGGAUGGAAUAAAUGCUGAAAGGGUUUUCCCAACCAGGUAUCAAAUUGUCUUUUCAUGUUUUUACUGUUAAUUCCUGCUGGGCUGAUAAUGUCACAGAUAAAAAAAAUGUGCAUGAAAGUCAUUUGGCAAACAUUUUUUAGGCUUUCCUACAAGCAUUCGUUUGUUUUGUUUGUUAAAGAUGAUUGACAGCA